GUAUCUCCCCUCGAAAAAGUCACCACCAAGAAAUGUCCGAUAGUACUCUAAUUAAUAGUAACUACGACCAACAGAAGUAAGAGGACAAGAUGGGACCUCCUAAACGCGGUGCUAAAUCUCAUUUCGGCGGCCAUCGGGGUGGAAAAUCAUUUAAUAGAAAUGGUGGGGGGAAAUCCGGUGGUUUGCGACUAGCAAUGUGGGAUUUUGGCCAUUGCAACCCAAAUGCUUGCUCCGGAAAACGAUUAGAACGACUUGGACUUAUUCGCAGUCUCCGUGUUGGCCAAAAAAGUCGAGGGGUCGUUGUCACUCCCAAUGGCAAGCUUCCGGUGUCACCCGCUGAUCGCGAAGUGUAUGAACAAGGAGGCGCUGCCGUUGUAGAAUGUUCAUGGGCUCGUCUAGAGGAGGUUCCUUUUGACAGAAUUGGAGGACGGUGUGAACGAUUACUUCCAUAUCUUGUUGCUUCAAACCCUGUUAAUUAUGGUCGCCCUUGGCGACUUAACUGUGCAGAGGCAUUAGCUGCUUGUUUAUACAUCGUCGGCUAUCCUGAAGAAGCCAAAAAGCUUAUGGACUCGUUCACAUGGGGCCAUGCCUUUUUUGAAGUCAAUGAAGAACUUCUUAACAUUUACAGCAAUUGUAAGUCGGCCGAAGAGGUCUCUGCUGCGGAGAAGCGUUACCUAGAAGAAAUGGAGGAAGAUUAUCAAGCCCGGCGGGCAGAACCGACCGGUAGUGAGUGGGAACUUGGCAAUCAAAAUCGUGCUGCUAGAGAUACGCAAGUAGACGAAGAUAAACCUGCAGAAUCAGACACCGGUGCUUCCGCAGGAGAACCUUCUUCCACAGUCAGCGAAGAAGAAGACGAUGAGAGCUGGCGUAGUAUCGUCCGCUCAAGAUUGCCAAAGGAAAUAUGAUGAGAAAACUGGUUAAAUUUUUAUAUAUUUUUGGUUCUCGUAAAAGCAUUUCUUAAAUAUGUUAAUCUACAGUUAAAACAUUGUAAAAGUGAACUACUACGGAAGAUAGCUUUUUAGUCCAAAUAGCAUCACAUCGUUCUUAGAGGUAUUAGCAAAUGCCUUUAUUUCCUUAAGCCAGUCGGAACUUGCUACUUCCAAGUCCUCAAGUUUAUCUUCAACACCUCCCAAAAUACGACCACGUUUUGUAAGCGAGUCAGUGAGCUGAUUAAAUAUGCUUUUCUGUUUAGGAUGAUAUCUUUGAAUUGGGGGCGCUGACGAGUUUGAUGAUGAAGCUUGAUCUGUUGAAGGCGUAACGACUUUGGGUGGCCGGAUCUUGUUCGCUGGACGAUGUGGACCGGCCAAUAUCAGGUUUAAGUCUUCCGGAGAUACAUACUGCUCACCCUUCAACCAAGACCAGGUGGAUAUAGUAGGCCGAGCUGCAAACUUCUUCGCUAGAACGAUGAUAGUAGGCGCCGGAACCAUUCCCAGAUGGAAACCUGUUCCAGCAAUGGAUCCUAAGGCACAAGCGUUUGGAUAUACCGUAGGCAGAAUGUAUUGACCAUUCGUCAAAAGAGCAUUUUGCAUAUCGCCAGUUACGGAAAUGUCCUUUGGUAACUUUAAAGAUAACUCUUCCUUCAAAUUAGGCAAAGUGUACCACGAUGCACUAGAAUCUGAAUGCAAACAAACAAGUGAACCCAUUUCGGAGAAUUUUGACGGCAAGAUAUUUGCAUGAACACAUUUUUUGCGGUUAAAGUGGAUUGAGGAGCACUUUUGAUUCAUGCCCUGGUAAAGAGCAGUACUUGAUUCGGAGCAUAUUGAGAUAUAAAUUGGUUCUUGCAAAGGAGAACCUAUGAUUGUUAAUGCUUGUCCAUCAGCGGUAGCGUCGACACCAGACUGCGUAACGGGACGUAUGCUAACUAUCUUGGAACUGCUAAACUCAAAUGCGUGCUCAAAGAAGACCUCAUGUACACCAUUCUGGUUCAUGCUUAUUUGAAAGACGUAUACUCUGCCAACAGAUGAUCCGACUAGUGCAUAGAGCUGCGCGGGUCUUUUGUUAUCGGGAGAGAACACCGAAAAGCAAGAGGACGUGACAUGCUCUGAACUGAAAUGGCUGAGCUUUCCCUUUCUUCUGAAAGCAUCUGCGAAGUCUGCAAGACUAAUUUCACAGGAAAUGUGUGGACCUCUCAAGUCAAUAAUUGCCAGGCACCCAUUCGUAUAACCAACAAGCAAGAAACCGAUAUCCGACAUAUUCAGGUGAGACACUUGACCUUGUUUGAGGUCAAGUAUGUACUUUCCACGAAUUGUUCCUUCAACAGCAAAAGGAUCAUGAAUUUUAGCGAUUCCUUCAGCAAGAGUAACAUGGGAUCCGUUAUCCUUAGCGCUUCUUCCAACAAGCAAUACUCUGCCCAAAGUAUCUGCACAUGCAAGCUCGACUGUGAAUCUGGAAAUGGAAACACUAGUAAAUGAGCAAUUAGGGCGAAGAUUGCUUUCCAAAACUUCUGAGAAAUCCAAGUAAACAGCAGAAUGCGAAGAGAUUAAUCCUUUAGACACAUUCCAUAAUGUCAAGCUUAGUUUUCUAGACGUCACGAAUACGCUUCUCGAGUCAAGCUGUCGCAGAAAGCCCGGAUGUUCUGUACCUCCACGAAUAAGUGAAGGGAGGGCAUUAAGAAUUGUUGUUUCGUACAGACUAUCCCAAGCUAGUUUAGACAUCAUAAAAAAUCCC